GACGUGACGACGGCACGGGAGGGCUUGCAUAUAGUCUCUUUUUUUCUAAUUCUACAACGGGCAUUACCCGCCCGGAGACUAAUACGGAUUUCCGCUGUGGUUGUUUCUUUUUCUUCUUCGUCUGCUUCGUCUGCUUCGUCUCCGUCUUCGUCUUCUUUCUUCGCCCUCCAGACCAGCUACCCCUUGAACGCAGCAUCUCCGACUUUGUCAAGACUUUUUUUUACAUAUAAUCUAUACCACCACCUCGCGCCCGGGACAGCCCUCUUGCGUCUCCUUCCUUGAAACCCCCAUUUUCUCUCUCUUCUCUCUCUCUCUCUCCCUCGCUCUCUCUCUCUCUCUUCAUGUAUAUCCCGUCCUGAGACCCUCUCUAUUUCCUCCAGCGCACAUGCGCCUCUCCCCCCAGCAGCAAUGUCCUCAAGCCAGACGCCGCCGGCCCAGCCGAUAGACCCCGAGUGGGCCAGGGAGAGCAACACGGCCAUGAUCGUCGGGGUCACGGGCGGGUUCCACGCGCUCGCCCUGCUGUUCGUCGGCCUCCGCGUCUACUCCCGCAUGGCCAUCGUCAAGGUCAUGGGACGCGAUGACUUUGUCGUCGUAGCCUCAGUGCUCUGCGCUGUUGCCGGCAUGACCAUCUUCUCCGUCCAGGCCUUCUACGGCCUCGGCAAGCACACCCUCAUAAUCCCCGAGGAAGACAUGGUCGUCAUGCGCCGGUCCAGCUUCUUCCAGUCCAUCAUAUCCUCCAUCGCCGGCUUGGCCCUGCUCAAGGUGUCCAUCGGCCUCUCCCUGCUCCGCCUCAGCCGGAGCACCUGGUACUCGCGGUCCCUGUGGGCGCUGAUAGCGUUCGUCUCGGCCUACAGCUUCAUGGCGUGGAUGACCUUCUUCUUCUUCUGCCAGCCCCUGGAGGGCUACUGGGACAAGAGCCUGAAGCCCAAGUGCUACCCCAUCACCCUCUUCAUCAAGUUCGGCCUGAUCAACACGGCCUUCAACAUCUUCACCGACGUCUGCUUCGCGACGCUGCCCGUGAGUAUCAUCUGGACGCUGCAGAUGAAGCUGAGGACCCGGAUCUACCUGAUUAUCGUCCUGAGCCUGGGGUAUUUCGCGGUGGCCAUGGGCAUCAUCAAGUCUGUGUAUCAAAUAGCAUACGGGAAGGAUACGGAUAAGACAUUCUACCAAAGCAUCCAGUUCUGGGAAUUCCUGCAGCUCAACCUCGGCAUCAUCGCCGCGUGCGCCCCCUCGCUGAAGCCGCUCGUCGGGCACGCCCUCAAGAUCUCGUCGGGCGACCGGUACCACGGCGAGCUGUACGAGAACCGGCGGCCGCGCGGGACCCGGACGACGACCAACACGUCGAAGCGGCGGCAGGGGUACAGGGUGCACGACAGCCGCGGGGAGUUCGAGAUGCACGACCGCCCGUUUGCCGGGUCGCCCGAGGUGCGCCGCACGACCGUCGUCGACGACGCCUACGCCUACGAGAAGGACGGGAGCCGGGGGUCCGGGAGCGAGGACAUGAUCCUCAAGGACGACGGCGGGCGCGGCAUCAUGCGGACUACCGAGAUUUCGAUAAAGCGGUGA